AUGCAGCAUCCUGGAGGAACAUGUGUGACGUUACCCAACGUGGACGCCUGUCCUCAGCUGUCCUGCGCUGCUCUCACCUUCAUGUAUUUACAGCAGUACUUGUUUGUGUAUCCCAGGCUCCUGGAUGUCCUGAUGCAGGAGUCCCGUCUCUACCUCAUCUUUGAGUUCCUGUCCAUGGACCUGAAGAAGUACCUAGACUCGAUCCCCUCUGGCCAGUACAUGGACCCUAUGCUGGUCAAGAGCUACCUUUACCAGAUCUUGGAGGGUAUUUACUUCUGCCACUGUCGUCGAGUCCUUCACCGGGACCUGAAACCCCAGAACCUCCUGAUUGACAACAAGGGGGUUAUCAAACUGGCAGACUUUGGCCUGGCUCGGGCCUUUGGUGUUCCAGUCAGGGUCUACACCCAUGAGGUUGUAACUCUUUGGUACCGGGCUCCAGAGGUCCUCCUGGGUUCGCCCCGAUACUCAACCCCUGUCGAUGUUUGGAGCACUGGGACCAUCUUUGCUGAACUCGCCACCAAGAAGCCUCUGUUCCAUGGAGACUCUGAGAUAGACCAGCUCUUCAGGAUCUUCAGGACUCUGGGAACUCCAAACAAUGAUGUGUGGCCUGAUGUAGAGAGCCUACCUGACUACAAAAACACCUUCCCUAAAUGGAAAUCUGGCAACUUGUCAUCAAUGGUGAAAAACCUGGAUAAGAAUGGCCUGGACCUGUUGGCGAAAAUGUUGACCUACAAUCCUCCCAAGAGGAUCUCAGCGCGUGAGGCCAUGACUCACCCUUACUUUGAUGACUUGGAUAAGUCCACCCUGCCUGCUGCCAGCAUCAACAAAAUCUAAAACGCCUACAGACCUUACAUAAAAACACAUUUGUAUCCAUUGUGAAUUAUCAUUCUGUAAAUAUUUGUUUGUGAAAUUUGUUGUAGACCAUUUGGUAUAGUUUGUCUUUCAACAACCUUUUCAAUAAAAAUGCACAUUCUGAUUCUCAGAACUU